AUGGAGGAACCAUGGGAUUUUGAGAUUCUGUCCCGCAUUGCCGACGGCUGCUUGUCGUUCCUGUCCGAAUUCGUGGAGGACUGGCUCGCCAACGACAUGAGGGUCUCCAUAUUCAAAAUCCUCCUCAGCUGGUUAAUUUUCAGUCUUCUAGCUAUUCACUUCGCUUGGAAGGUUUACGGAAACACCGUAAACGAUAUGUAUUAUCGACAGGGGAGCGGCCAGAACGGGGGUACACCUGACACAACACCUGGCCUGGGUAGAUGGGGGAGCUCAGCGGGGGAACCAUUCAAAUCUCAUAGAGAUUAG